AUGGAAGACACCAUCAAAGUUUUCCACCGGGUCCUAUCCUUUGCUGGUAUCCCAAUUUAUGCUGAAGGGAACUGGGACUCCAACCUUUGGCUUGCCUUUCAGAUUUUCAACUUUAUCAUCGGAUCUUUAUGCUUCAUCUUCACUACUGGUUUCGUCGCUGUCAACUGCUCAGACUUGCUCAUAUUCAUCCAAGGUGCUUGCAUCUGGACGACUGGAGUCAUCAUGACCAUAUCUUUGGGCGUCUGCUUAAUUUUCAGAAAGAAGUUCCGAAUUUUCUUGGGAGAAAUGGUUUUUAAAGAUGAGAUUCUAGAAAUGCCCCUGAUCCAGUUUGUCCUGAAGUUGGAGAGUGGAAAGAAGUUGAUUGAAUUGAAGCAGAUGGUGAACGAUUCUCAGGAGAAGCUGUUCAGGUUGACGAAGGUGCUGCUAAAGUGUUAUGUGACGAGUGUUUGGUUGGUGGCUACUAUGUAUCUUUGCAGCCCUAUUUAUGAAAUGCUGUCAAGAGGGGAUAAAAGCUUGAGGCUAUUGGCAUUUGACAUGUGGUUUCCGUGGAGCUUGGAGAAUUUUAAGGUUUACGUAAUAUCUUUUGUAUUCCACGCGUAUGCUGGCUAUCUUUGUUGCAUUGCUUAUCCAGGCUUACAACUAACAAUCAUAGUGCUGAUAGGUCAAGUCAUCCGCCAGCUCAGGAUCCUUACCUUCGUCAUGGAGAACCUGGACGAACUGGUGAUGGAAAUCAUCAAGGAAAAAGGUGAUCGCUGGCAGCUGUGCUGUACUGCUGUAUUGUCGCAGUGUGUUGAUCAUUAUAUCAAACUAAAAAGAUUCAGCAACCGACUGAAUGUGAUAUGCCAGCCGUUCUACCUGACCCUCAUACUGGUUGCUAUAAUGCUUGUGUGUAUGUGCUCCGUUAAAAUUGCAAUUUCAGAAAAACUAUCACCAGACACAAUAAAAUAUUACGUCCAUGAGUUCUGCUUCAUCAUGGUGGUACUCAUGUUUUGUUUGCUUGGACAACAAGUCGAUAAUGAGUGCGCUAAUCUAGAGAGAGCUGUAACUGAAAACUGGUAUAUUUUUGACAAGAAACAUAAAAUUCACGUGAGAAUUUUCAAAAUGGCGCUGAGUCAGAGAAUGCGCGUCUUUAUAUUUGGCUCAAUACCGUUGUCUUUGCCGACUUUUACAUGGUUCAUCAAAACUGGAAUGUCCUUCUUUACAUUAGUCAUGUCCGUUCUGGAGGAUUAA